AUGUUUACCUCGAGUUGCUGCUUCUUGUCGUCCCCAGCUUGGGACUAACGUUACCGGUCAGCGCUGAGACGAGGCGUCCCGUAGCAGGAGACCUGCACCAAAGAAUGUGGAUAAACCUGUUGUAAGACAGCACAAACUUUAGUCUUACGCAAAGCAAUGGAGGUGCAGGACCAAGAGUCUCUGGGGCGAUGGGAUGGGCUGGGUAGCCGCGAUGCCAGCUCCAGAACUGAGGCGAUGGAGAACAUCUGCCAGGACGUCAUGAGGAAAGUGGAGGCCAUCGGGCCCAUGCCAGCAUUGGCCCCCUCGCCCCCGGCUUCAGGAAGUCCCCCGAACAGCGACCUGAACGACAUCCUGGCUCAUCUUCUCAUGCUAUCCAAACGGUGUCCUUUUGAAGACGUCAAGGAGCAAUGCAUUCGGCUUCUCCAGGCUGUCCAGGACUUGGGAGUAAGGAUCCCAAGACCUCUAGGUAACGGACCAAGCAGAUUUAUCCCUGAAAAAGAGAUUCUUCAAGUCAGUAAAGUGGACGCCAGGACACAGUCGAUAUUUGAGGAUGCGUUUGCAGCCCUCGGUCGCCUGGACAACAUUUCCCUAGUGAUGGGCUUCCACCCGCAGUACCUGGAGAGUUUUCUCCGGACGCAGCACUACCUGCUGCAGAUGGAUGGGCCCCUCUCUUUGCACUACCGACACUACAUCGGCAUCAUGGCGGCAGCUAGACACCAGUGCUCCUAUUUGGUCAACCUGCACGUGAACGACUUCCUCCAGGUCGGUGGGGAUCCCAAGUGGCUCAACGGCCUGGAUGAAGCCCCACAGAAGCUGCAGCAGCUCGGAGAGCUCAACAAAAUCCUGGCCCACCGACCUUGGCUUCUCACCAAGGAACACAUCGAGCGCCUUCUGAAGGCCGAGGAACACAGCUGGUCCCUGGCAGAGCUGAUCCACGCCGUGGUCCUCCUCACACACUACCACUCCCUCGCUUCCUUCACCUUCGGCUGCGGCAUCACACCCGAGAUCCACUGCGACGGCGGACACACGUUCAGACCCCCCUCCCUCAGUCAGUACUGCAUGUGUGACAUCGCCAACGGCAACAGUCACGCUAAUCACCACGACGACUUGCUGGGCAACCAGGACAUGUGUGGUGAGGUGGAGGUGCUGAUGGAGAGGAUGAAGCAGCUGCAGGAGUGCCGCGAUGAUGAAGAGGCCAGCCAGGAGGAGAUGGCAACUCGCUUUGAGAGGGAGAAGACCGAGAGCAUGCUGGUGGUCACAGCAGAGGACGAGGAGUGUGUCCCCUCCAGAGACAUUUCUCGCCACUUUGAGGACCCCAGCUAUGGCUACAAGGACUUCUCCAGGAGAGGGGAGCAUGUGCCCACAUUCAGAGUGCAGGACUACAGCUGGGAGGACCACGGCUUCUCUCUGGUCAACCGACUGUAUCCUGAUGUCGGCCAGAUGCUGGACGAGAAAUUUCAGAUGGCCUACAACCUGACCUACAACACCAUGGCAACACAUAAGGACGUGGACACCAGCAUGCUGCGCAGGGCCAUCUGGAACUACAUCCACUGCAUGUUUGGCAUCAGGUAUGAUGACUAUGAUUACGGGGAGAUAAACCAGCUGCUGGACCGUAGCUUUAAGAUCUAUAUUAAGACCAUGGUGUGUAGUCCUGAGAAGACCACCAAACGAAUGUAUGAGAGUUUCUGGAGGCAGUUUCAGCACUCCGAGAAGGUCCACGUUAAUCUGCUUCUUAUGGAAGCGCGAAUGCAAGCAGAACUGUUAUACGCUCUGAGAGCGAUCACCCGCUACAUGACAUGAAGUGCUUUUGGCGUUUUUACCAUUGUCUUUUUUUUACCGUCAUUGUUGUUGCUCAUUAUGGGACACAUAAAGAAAAAAAAUCAAAGGGGGUGGGUGGGGGUGGGGAUUUGACAAAACUGUGGACGAGAGCCCUGGGUUGUGACGCUGGAUGUUGAGAAGAGGAUCAGAACAAAUGGAAAGCAAGAAAAAAAACAGAACUGUUGGAGAAAAAUCAUCUCAAACUAUAAGUGGAUACAGAAACCCAGUUUGUGUUGCCUGCAGUGCCAAAACUGACCAAGAGAGGGCAGUCUGUAGCAAAUUCCUGCUCUGCUGGGGAGUUUGUGCCAGAGCACUGACACAGGAGGCAUCCAGGACAACAUUUCAGUAUUCCAGCUGGCAACACUUUGGUUGCCGUUCUCACCUGUCUCCUGGUAGAGUCGAGACCUCGAAAAUCCCCAGAAAGAAAGCUGUGUCGCCAGAAACGGUGCACUGUGAUUCUGUUGUCACUGUUUUGUUUUAGUUUCUUUAAUAUCUUUUAUUUCAUUUUGUAUCACGAGAAGCGGAUGUUGUUGUCGACGUGGUUGCUGUUAGUGGUAACUGGAGAUGGGCGCAUUAACUUUGGGCGGUGUUUUUUACGUGUGCCUGAACUAUCCAGCACAGUGUGCAUACGUGCUGAUGCUGCUGCUCCCAUCUUAUACUCAGUGGGGUCAUAUUGAUCCCCAAAUCACCCCUCACCCAAUUUUCCCCCAUCCCCAUUACAUAAGCCCCUGUCCAUUAGAAAUCCACUGCAUUACCCCCACCCCCCUCCUGUCCUCUACCCACAUCCCAAAUCUCAAAUGUCAAAGUAAGCUAAUCCAAGGAGUGUGUGAAAACCAGAGAGGAGUAGAAAAAAACUCAAAGAACACUGUCUGAGCCCUUUUUGAGUUUGACUGUAGCUGUAUGGAUGAGGUCUGUGUUCAUGAUGACUGAGGUGUGAAUGUUUGUGUGUGUUUCACAGAAAUGACAGAAAGGAAAAAAAAAAAAGUACGUCUUGGAAUUUCAUGUGUCAAAAAAAAGCGAGGCACUUUGAAGGAAAGACUUCUUGCUUCUGCUGUAGCUGUGUUAUUGUGAGAUAACUGUUUAUCAUUUUUUUUGAUGAUGAUGUCUUUUAUUUUUAUGGUAACGGUGGGGGGGGGGAAAAGCUAAUCAAAAAGAAAGUUAGAAACCAGGUUUUCCAGGAGGGAUUUGCUUCCGGUUGUGCUAACCACACCUCGUCUGUCUUCCGCUUAUCCCAGCUGCCUGGUCAUCCUAACACUUUCAGAGCUUUGGAUUGUGAAUUUUACCAGUAAACAAAUACCUCUUCUGUUUUUCUCUAUAAAACAUAUAAGAAGUGCUCUUUGGUGAGCAGAGACUCUUUCUGGGGCUGCCAUGUUCCCGUCGGUCGGGGAGCCGGUGAACCCUCACAGGGCCGACUGCGGUCGAUAGCUUUCGAACGCAAAAGGUUGUAGCUGUGCUUAUUUCCCUGUUGGGGAAGUCUAACCAGUGCAAAAGCAGCUUUUUUAUUUUGAACAGAGGUGUGAAACCUCUGCUGUUGUUUUUUUUUUUCUUUUUUGUUGUUGUUUACUAAAAUCAGUAAAGUACUGCAUUCUUCUGAGGCUGGACUGAGAGGAUUGGACAGAUGAAUGAGUGAACGAUGGGGAGGAGGAGGGCUGACGGUAAAGGAAUGGUACAUUUGGAAGUGGUUUGAGAGGAAGUGGAGAUUUUUUUUCAAACUUCUGACUGAUGUCAGUUACUGACACUUUUUUUUAUAUGAAAAAUAUAUUUAAAAAAGAAAAAAAUAAACUAUAAUAUUGAUUUGUCGUGUAUCAUUUGUAGUUUCUCCUAAACAACUUUAAUUUCAUUGCUUCGUCAAAGAGAUUGUAUCAGAUGUGGAGAGACCAACACAAUUCAGGAAUCAAGCAGUCAUAGCACAAUCACCAUCAGCUCACUUUUACUGCUCAGUUGCACAAGAAACUUAAAUGACCCGUGAUAAUUAGUAAGCAUAUUGGAGCGCUGUUAUGCAAAAGAUGAGUCAUGAGAAGAUGGGGAGUUUUACUUAUGCUCCAAAGUACACUCAGCUCUUUGAGAAUAAAGCUGUUUCAUCAUCAGAAAGCUGAACUCAGGGGAAUAGUUCAGUUUGUCAUCAGUAAGUCCAGGGACUUUCAUGUGAAUUUCAUUUUACUGUAUUUGUUCAGGCCUGUGUGACUCACUAGGAACCAGGUGAUGGUCCCUCUUCCUCUGGUGCGGUUGAGAUCAAAGGUUCUCUUUUUCCCUGACUAACAUUUAGAUUGAGAUAAAGGGGGAAGUUCCUUGUAGGACACCUUGCCUUGCUUUCCUUUUCACCCCCACAUCACACCUGACUGGGAAAACAUGUUUCGCUUUCCAGAUGAGGCUGGUUCAUCUGUCUGAACUUCAGGGUGUUUCCCAGAAUUCUGUCUGUCAAAACACAAAUCACCAGCAGAAAAUCCUCACUGACCAAACUCUCUUCACAUUUCGGUGACUUUCAAUUUCAGACAAUUUAUGGACGAGGAAAAGGGUUUUUAAGCAACAUUGAUAUCAGCCAGCCAACCGUCUUUCAUAUCAACGUGAGAAACUCUAUGUAGAGAACAAUGUUUGUUAUCAGCUCUGGCUAAUAGGUUGUUUAGGGGUUUUUGAAUGAUGGGCUUGUCUUGUGGUUGUUUAAGGUCACUACUGUGUGAAAACAGGGGACAUUGACGCUGGGGGUUUUUACAUUAAGUGCCGUUUCUGAUUUCUUUCUAUGUAAUAACAAUGUGAAUUUGAAAUGCUGUACUUUAGGCUACUUGGUGUUACUUGUAAGCACUGCCUGGCCCCAUAUCUGUGUAAUAAUAAAGGCUUUGAGAAGCAAAGUUC